AUGGUAUAAAUCCCAAAAAAGUAUUUUAUUUUAAUAACAUUUAGGAAAUAGGGUUACACAUGGAAAUGUCAUCAAAGUAUAAGAGAUAAGAAUGGAGAUGUAGUUUUGAAAAUUGAGAAAAAUGAAUAGGAAUUUCAUAAAAGUAUGGGAAUGAUAAUAAUAAUUACCUUAUAGUAGUCAAUUAUUAAUAACUAUUGCGAAAUAGUUAUGAUUCAGAAAGCAGAUAAAAAUAAAAAUUGAGAGAAAAGGUAUAUUUAAACAUAUAUUAGAUUAAUUAGAAUAAUUUAUAGAAAAUAUUUAUAGAUUUAGGAUUAUGAAUUGAGACAAUAUAUAUUUUAAAAUUAAUAUCCUUUUUUAUUUAAAUAAAAAUUUAUUUAUUAAUUUAUAUUAGAAAUGGACCAAUCGUAAUCUAACUAAUAAGAGAAUUAGGUUAAUACUCAAAGUCAAUAGAUACAAUAUUAAUAACAGUAGGACUAAGUGAAAUAAAUUAAAAAGGAUAAAGAAAAAUGCUUAGAAAUAAAAAACAAAGCAGGGUCAUUGUUUAACGAAUAAAAGUUUAAAGAAGCUGCACUUAUCUACAAAGAAGCUUUAAAUUAUUGUCCUUUAGAAGAUUUAAAUAUGUUAUGUAUCUUAAACUCAAAUAUUGCCAUUUGUUUACUUAAUCAAUCUGAAUUUGAAAGUGCCAUAUAACAAUGCUCAAAAGCACUUGAAUUUAAUCCUGAAUUUGUUAAAGCUUUAUAUAAUAGAGCAGAAUGUUAUGAAAAAACAAAUUAAUUGGAAGAGGCAUUAGAUGGUAUUGUUUAAAGAAUAUUCUAGAUUAUAAGAAAUUAAGAGGAUUAUAACCUAAAGAUUAUUUUAUUUAGAAAAAGUUUAUAGAUCUAGAUUUGAAAGUUUCAGAAUUUGUAGAAAAAAGAAAGAAUGAUGCCAUGAAGAAAAUAAAAAAUCAAUAAUUAUUAGGAUAAUUAGGAAUAAAUUAAGAUAAUGUUAAAUUAGAACAAAAUGCAGAUGGAACAUUUAAUUUUUCAUUUUCAUAAUAAUGA